AUGGGCGAGGCCAAGCCAACAUCCACGACGCGGGGGCAACUGCCAGGCAUACCUGCUUCAGUCGAUCGGGUCUCUGCAGAUUGUAUCUGGAAGACACUCUGCACUGGCGAACAUGAGUACGUGCGUCAUCGGAAGCUGCACCCGGCCAAGCCGCGUGAGCUGCUGUUGUCGCAGCUGCAUGGCUUUGAAGUCGUCAAAAACGCAUCGUACAUCAGCGUUCGCAGGCGGAAGCCUACUGGUGAGGAGCUGCAGGGUUCAAUGAGCCGCUUUGUAGGCGACGACACCAAGGAGAGAUAUGGGCCUCCUCCGUUCGUCAUGCCCGUUGUCGAGGUGACGCCUGAACGUCCACCUUUACAACUUCCGAAAUAUGGGCGUUUCUCUUGUGAUCACAUGUGUCCACUCGAGGUCAACCCUGACGCUUCUCAGACAGGAAAGAGCCUGGCGCGGGUAAUGUCAAUGCCAUCUGUGAAGUCGCUGGAG